GAGAAUACAGCCAAGGAGUUGCUAGGGCUGACUAAGUAACGUCACCUUGCACGUAGCUGAUCUAUCUCGGAACAGUAACUUACGGUCUAUGAGGCAAAUAGAUCUGGGGCUGGUCAUGAGUCUACCUACAUACGACGUCAAACGAAGCAACUGAGUAAUUUCAAGUUCGCCUACGAGCAGAGGAAUGUAAUGUUUGCUAAUGACACGCGCCAUGAAGCAUAUAAAAAUUGAAGACAGCCUUGCCGGACUCUAACUGCAGAACUCUUGAGAAAGCUCUUCAAUCCACGCACAAUCUCAAAUACAUUAUGUCCAAUGAGUCAGCCCCCUUUGUCAAGAACUUGAUUUUUCAGUCAAAGGACCUCGGAAAACAGUCGGAUCUUAUGCUCGUUUUCGAUGGCAAGGUAGAUGGCAUGGGCGAUCAUUUUCCCGUAGUCUGGAGGGUCAGCACAUUCGGAGACGAGGGCCCAUACCAGAUGAAAGCGACCUACAGGAGCCAGCUUGCUUUCACCAAACCACAGGUCGAACAUGGGAGUGUCAUUGGCGCUGCAACUGCUGUCGAGAUCAAUGCCGGCCAACAAACCAUCCUGACUAAGACCGGUAACGUCUUCAAGUUCUCUGCUCCUGUGAAAGGAACCUCCAGUUACUUGAAGGCCACCAAUUUAGCCGGUGCGAAGCAGAACUUGGCAAUCGGUUUUAUGGGCCACGGAGCGUUGUUGCCUACGCCGAUGUUGUACUUCAAGAACGUUGGAGAUGACGAUUUCGUUACCGCACAUUUCAAGCCAAUGCUGCGCGCCUACGUUACUUCGGAUUAUCAAGAGACCGAAAUCUGGAAGAAUAGCCCUACGAACUCUACUUUCUUGUGGGAGGAGGAUCUCACCGAUCUUGACGAGACCACUACCUGGAACCUCACGUGGGAUGGACACACUGGACGUUACACGAUCGCUCAGGCAUGAUGAAGGAACCUUAGAAUUGAACCCUGACAGGCUUAGUCACUCAGUCGCUGGUCUCGUAAAAUAUCGGUCGUGUCUUGUGUGUUGACUCUGAAUUGUUCAAUGUAUCGUGUUGAAUCAAGUUUUGCCUCUGUAUUUGUGACACCGCAUUGAACAAGAUGGUUCUGUACCCACAGAACAAGUUCUGAACCUCGAACCGAACCACGGUUCGGGAGGGUCCAGAGGUGCA